CCGGGCGUCCCCUUUCCUCCCGCUCCGGCCCGCGCCGCCAUUUUGGCUCUGAGUUCUGGCCGCGGCGGCCGCCGAAGCAGAAGCUCCGCCGCCGCCGCCGCUUCCGUCUGUUCCCGCGAGGGGCGCGGCAGGAGGGGGCGGGCGAUGCUCCGCCGGUGAGGCCUUCGCCCCGGAGUCCCGAGCGCGCCCUCCUCCUCCUCCUCCUCCUCUUCCCUCAGUCCCCCCCUCACUCGCCGCCCCUUCCCGCCCGGGGCCUUCCUUCGGCCCGGCGGGGCUUCUCUUCCUCCUCCUCGGCCUCCCCCCCCUUUCCCUCCGCCAUGUCCUCGUCGUCGUCCUCGUCGUCGUCGUCCCCGCUGUCGGCGGCCCGCUUCGACGCCUCGGACCGCUCCUCGUGGUACGCGGGCCCGCUGUCCCGGGCGGAGGCGCAGUCGCGGCUGCAGGGCCAGCGCCACGGGACCUUCCUGGUGCGGGACUCGUCCACCUGCCCGGGGGACUACGUGCUCUCGGUCUCGGAGAACUCGCGCGUCUCCCACUACAUCAUCAACUCCCUCCCCGGGCGGCGCUUCAAGAUCGGCGACCAGGAGUUCGAGCACCUUCCGGCCCUGCUCGACUUCUACAAGAUCCACUACCUGGACACCACCACCCUCAUCGAGCCCGCGCCCAGGUAUCCGACACCACUUAUGGGAUCUGGGUCAGCUCCCAUCCUGCCUGCUACAGAAGAGAAUGUGGAAUAUGUUCGGACUCUUUAUGACUUCCCUGGAAACGAUGCAGAGGAUUUGCCGUUUAAAAAAGGGGAGGUCCUGGUUAUUGUAGAGAAGCCUGAAGAACAGUGGUGGAGUGCCAGAAACAAAGAUGGCCGUGUUGGGAUGAUCCCCGUUCCUUAUGUGGAGAGGCUUGUGAGGUCUUCCAAGCAUGGGAAUAGGAAUUCCAACAGCUACGGAAUUCCCGAGCCUGCCCACGCUUAUGCCCAACCUCAGACCACAACCCCUCUUCCCACAGUGCCCAGCACUCCUGGAGCAGUGAUCACCCCUCUGCCCUCCACGCAGAACGGACCAGUCUAUGCCAAAGCCAUCCAGAAGAGAGUCCCAUGUGCUUAUGACAAGACUGCCCUGGCCUUAGAGGUUGGCGACCUUGUGAAGGUCACACGGAUGAAUAUCAACGGCCAGUGGGAAGGUGAAGUCCAUGGCAGGAAGGGGCUCUUCCCUUUCACCCAUGUCAAAAUAAUUGACCCUCAGAAUCCCGACGAGAACGAGUGAACACCUCCCGUCACCUGUUUCCAUGCGGCUGCUUCCUUUUCCUGGCUACCAUGAGCAUCCUUUGAAGUGUGAUGAUCAUUAAUGGCACACGUUAAGCCCUGCCGGUUGCCCAUUUUUUCCAGCUUGCUGUGAUUCAAGAGCCUCGUAGUAUCUGUUUGGAGUGCACACAGCUGAAGAAGCCGCCCGCCGGAGCGCUGGUAUUUAGAGUUUCUCUUAGGAGGAUUUUGGACCUUGAGCUGCAAAAGUUUUCUGUGCCACCCAG